GUCUAAUGAUGGAGCCAGGUGGAUAUGGGGCUGAGGACGAUGUCGGCGCGGGGAUUGGGCCGCCCCCUCCGGGGUGGUGCUUGAGGGGGCGGUGCCGUGUCGGAAGUCAAAGGGAGGACGUGGGAUGGUGGCGGAGCUGGCUGCAGCAGAGCUACCAGGCAGUCAAGGAGAAGUCCUCCGAAGCCCUGGAGUUCAUGAAGCGGGACCUGACGGAGUUCACCCAGGUGGUGCAGCGCGACACGGCCUGCACCAUUGCGGCCACCGCCAGCGUGGUCAAGGAGAAGCUGACUACUGAAGGCUCCUCUGGAGCGACAGAGAAAAUGAAGAAAGGGCUGUCUGACUUCUUGGGGGUGAUCUCCGAUACCUUUGCUCCCUCACCAGACAAAACCAUCGACUGUGACGUCAUCACCCUGAUGGGCACACCUUCUGGCACGGCUGAGCCCUAUGAUGGCACCAAGGCUCGCCUCUAUAGCCUGCAGUCAGACCCAGCAACCUACUGCAAUGAACCAGAUGGGCCUCCAGAGUUGUUUGAUGCCUGGCUUUCCGAGUUCUUCUUGGAGGAGAAGAAGGGGGAGAUCUCAGAGCUCCUUGUAGGCAGCCCCUCCAUCCGGGCCCUCUACACCAAGAUGGUGCCUGCAGCUGUUUCCCAUUCAGAAUUCUGGCAUCGGUAUUUCUAUAAAGUCCAUCAACUAGAGCAGGAGCAGGCCCGGAGGGAUGCCCUGAAGCAGCGGGCAGAACAGAGCAUCUCUGAAGAGCCUGGCUGGGAGGAGGAAGAAGAGGAGCUUGCGGGCGUUUCACCCACAUCCCUAAAAGAGGCAAAGAUUCCUGUGGCCAGACCUUCCACAUCGCCUGAAGGAGGACCCAGUCCCCAGAGCCCCUGUGAAGAGAAUCUGGUGACCCCCAUUGAACCUCCAACAGAGGUGACCCCCUCGGAGAGCAGUGAGAGCGUCUCCCUGGUGACACAGAUUGCCAAACCGCCCCCUGCCUCUGAGGCCCCAGCACUGCCCAAGGACCUGUCCCAGAAGCUUCUAGAGGCAUCUUUGGAGGAACAGGACCUGGCUGUGGAUACAGGCGAGACUGGACCCCCACCCCGAGCUCAGUCUAAGCCCCACACCCCUGCUUGCCGCCCCAGCGGUCCAGAGCCCCGGCCUCCAGCCAGAGUAGAGACUCUCAGGGAAGAGGUCCUCACAGACUUACGGGUGUUUGAGCUGAACUCGGACAGUGGGAAGUCUACACCCUCCAACAAUGGGAAAAAAGGCUCGAGUACAGACAUCAGUGAGGACUGGGAGAAGGACUUUGACUUGGACAUGACUGAAGAAGAAGUGCAGAUGGCACUUUCCAAAGUGGAUGCCUCCGGUGAGCUGGAAGACGUAGAGUGGGAGGACUGGGACUGAGGGGAGCCAGAGCAAGCAGCUCCCCCACCCACAGCACUUCCCACUUCCCUCACCCGUCUCAGCCCGGCCCCGGAAGAGACUGACUAAGAAUGUCCCCCAAAUGGCCUCUGUCAACCAGAGCUCUUGGCAGAUUCUGGGUGGUUCCUUGUUGGCCCUUCGGGCCUCUGCUCACGUCUGGGAAGGGGCUCGCUUAAUCCAAACCAGGAACUCUGACUUGUGCCAACCAUAGGAUGACCUGAGGGGGACGAAACUUCCCCCGCCCACCCCACCCCCACUGGAAGAGCCUACAUUUCUCUGCUGAAUACCCACUGUUCCUGGGGACUUCUGCUGAGGUGUCCCAAGGGAUAGCCCUCGCCCAUGUGCCUGUGUAGACAGAGGCUAAACCACUGGUCUCAUGGAGGAGGCCGAGACAACACUGUGUCACCCAUGAGCCGGCAAGGAAGGCCAUGCCACCUGCCCUUGGCUUGACAGAGAUGGCAGACACACUUUGGUUCCUAUCCCAGCGGGUAAGAGGCAUUCAUUUUUGGGAAAGUUGCCUCCCUUAGGAAUCUGUCCCUCCCAGGUAUUUUCCAUUCCAGGAAGGGCUCCUUGUGGUUCAGAAUCUAGAGACCAAACUCGCUCCUUUCCCCCAGUCCAGGCUGGUGUGUCCCCAGCACCUUUCCCAAGCCGUCUUCAUGUCGGAUGCACCCGAGUCCUUAGCCCAGCUGUGCCACCUGCAAGAGUCUGCUCUUGCCCUUCUUCCCCUCCCCAAGAAGGGAGGGGGCCACUUCAGGCCCUUCCGUGUGUUGUCUGGCGGGGUACCUUGUCCAGCCAGCCACCCACCCACUUUGACUCCCCCGUAGCUUAGGACACAAGCCAGCUACCAGCGGUACAGAGCAGUGAUCAAAGCUGAGUACUUACAACUCUGGUAAGCCCAACUUCUCCGCCUCAACCCUUCUGCCUCUUGGAGGGAUACGCUGGGGGUGAGCUGCUUGAGAUUCUCUACAGGCUUCUGCAAAAGCUCUUCCUCCUGAAGGCAGAUCCAGUCUUGGUGGCUCUCACCCUCCACGCUGGUAAAGCUGCACCUCUCUUGGGGGGACGAGGGGCUGCAGGAAUCCCUGGAGACCCUGGUGCUUCACGAUGCUGCUCCGGUGAUUCUUGUACAUAAUCUGGUGUGUUCACCCAUGAUUUAAAGGGAUCGUGGUCAGGGACGCCAAGAGAGUGGUGGUCACUUCCACUUCAAACCUUCAAUGAGGGGGUGGGAUGGAGAGAAUGCUGAAUCUUUUUUUUUUUUUCUUUUUCAUGGGAUAGGAUUUUUCUCUUUGUAAUUAUUUCUUUAGUUUAAUUAACCUUUUGGUUGUUUGUGCAAUAUUAUAUAUUUUAAAUUAUAAUGUAUCUCCCCAGAGUAUUUUGUAGCUGGGAUAAGAAAAAAAGAAAAAAAAAAAAAAAGACUCUAACAGCUGUUAGUUUUGUAAUUAAAAAAGAAAGAAAAAAGAACUUUGUCCUGAACCUUUUCCAGACUUGCCGUUAACAGCUAUUAAAGAGAUUCAACAGAAGCUGGAAGGUGUCUGGGGCUCUGUUCUUGUCCCCUACAGCAGCUGCCCCAGAGCCAGGGCAAGACAGGGUGUGCAGGGUGCCCUCCUGCUUGGAGCCUGGGGGAGGGGUCAGGAUGGGAGGUAGUAGCCUGUGUUCCAAGGAGGUCCCUUGUCUUCAUCCCAGACUCACCCUGGCCUUUGGGGUGAGGAAGGGACAGGGCCCCCAGAAGGCCUCUCACCAAGACAAGGAGUCAAGAGGCCGUUUCUGCAUUCCCAACGCUUCUGCUUUUAUUUGGAAAGGAAGGUGCAACAACAGUGGUUCCAACUGUUCUUGGUUAUUUUUCUCUCCUCCCCCUGUAUGUGUAUGAUUCUGGGGUCUAUUUUUAAGUAACUUUAGUU